GGGCACUGUUAGGCAGCACUGAUGGGCAUUGUUACGCGACACUGAUGGGCACUGAUAGGCAACACUGAUGGGCAUUCAGGGGCGGACUGACAACUCAUGGGGCCCCCGGGCAAUAGGGGAUCAUGGGGCCCUUGUGUUCUUGCCUAUGAAAAAGGUACCAGGGGCAUCUCAUGGGGCCCCCUACUGACCCCAGGCCCUCGGGAAGUGCUCGAGUUUCCAAAUGGUCAGUCCGCCCCUGGA